AUGCUGCACCGGCUGCGGCGGGUACCGCGCCCGCCUCGACCACGGCCACGAGCCCCUGCGCACGCCUCGCCGUACUACAGCUCGGCGCCGCCGCUCCACGCCGAGUUCGAGCGGCACCCGGCCUUCCUCGACCUGUCGUCCGAACUCGACUCGGCAGGCCUGCCCGCGUUUGCUGCACACGGCGAGUCGUGCGUAUCGGUCCUGCACGAGCCAAGAGACUUCUACCAGGCGCUGCUGCGCAAGAUUGGGACGGCAAAGCGGCGCAUCUUCAUCGCGAGCCUCUAUGUCGGCAAGGAGGAGACAGAACUUGUCGGCGCGCUCCACGCAGCCCUGCGCGCCAACCCUACCCUGCGCCUCACCCUCGUCGUCGACUACCUGCGCUCGACGCGCGAGCACCCAGGCGCGUCGUCGGCCGCGCUCCUCGCGAGCCUCGCCGCCGCGUACCCGCACCAGGUCGACUUGCGCCUGUUCCACACGCCGGCGCUGUACGGCUGGCAGAAGCGGUGGGUCCCCAAACGGUUCAACGAGGGCUGGGGGCUCCAGCACAUGAAGGUGUACGGCUUUGACGACGACGUCAUCAUGUCCGGCGCCAACCUGUCGCACGACUACUUCACGAACCGCGCCGACCGCUACAUCGCGUUCGAGGAGCACGCCCCGCUCGCCAACUUCUUCGACUCGCUCGUGUCGACCAUCGGCUCGUACUCGUUCCGCGCGACCGCCUCGGACACGGUGUCGCCGACGCCGACGCCGACCAUUGCGUGGCCGACGACCAACGCCGUGUCGGACGACCCGUUCGCGGCGCGACGGCCCGGCGCCGCCCUCGCCGACCUGCGCUCGCACGCGCACGACGCCCUGUCGACCCUCCUGCGCACGUGGCACGCCCUGUCGCCCUCGUCCCGCGCCGCGUCCCUCUCGCCCUCGCUCCUGUCGACCGAGCGCCCCUUUUCCCGCCGCACGCAGCGGCCGUCGGCGCCCGGCGCGGCGCACCUCCACCCGGCGUUCGACACGCUCCUGCGCCCGGUCCUCCAGAUGGCGCCCUUUGCCGUCUCGCACGAGACGGACAAGGUCGUGCCCGGCGUGUUUCGCGCCGCCAACGCGCUCGCGACGGCGCCCGGCGGCCAAGGGACGACGCUCGACUGGACGAGCGGCUACUUUGGCCUGCGCGACGACUACCGCCGGCUCGCGAUCGAGUGCGACGCGAGGGUCCGGAUCGUCAGUGCGGCGCCCGAGGCCAACGGGUUCCACAACUCGCGCGGCGUGUCGCGCUUCAUCCCGCCGGCGUACACCUACUUCUCGCAGCGCUUCUACGACCAGGUCGUCGAGUACACGCGGCGCAAGAGGCGCGACGAGCCGAGGGUCGAGAUGAGCGAGUGGCGGCGGGACGGGUGGACUUACCACGCCAAGGGCAUCUGGCUCGCGCCCUCGACGCACGACCUCGCCCUGCGCCUGUCGCACCCUUCGCCGCCCUUUCUCUCGCUCGUCGGGAGCUCCAACUUUGGCGCGCGCUCGGCCACGAGGGACCUCGAGGCCGGCGUGCUCGUCACGACCCACAGCACAAAGCUGAGGUGGCAGCUCGAGGCCGAGGUGCGCCGCAUCCGCGAGUGGUGCAAGGGCGGCGAGGUGACGCACGAGCUGUUUGAGCGCGACGACAGGAAGGUGCCCUGGUUGGUCAAGGUGGCGGCGACGAGGAUAGAAGGCAUGCUCUGAGCCCCUCGGGCCCCCUGCACUCGCACUUGUUAUAGCAUUCUCGCGCUCUCGUAGCUCUGCAUCUCUCGCAAAGACACUGUUGUACUCGUC